AUGUCCCAAAAGGCCCAGAGCCCAAGAGGCCCGCUCCAGCUGCCGGACAGGGGCCAGGGAGUCUGCUAUUCGAUAGAUUGCGCUGCUUGGCUCUCGUCGACGGUGCUGGGCCCCUUGUCUGCUGGCCGGCUAAUCGGCAUGCAGCUGACGGCCAUCGUUGGAUUCUCGAAAAAGGGACCUGUGCGAGUAUUGACUGCCUGCCAGUCGCAGUCGGCCGGAGCAAAAGAGGCAGCGGAACCGGCCGAACGGGAGGCUCUUUGUUUGCUGCUGUUGCUGUCGAGCAGCGCUGGUGCUGGAGGCGAAUGCGACGCUAACUCUGUGAUACCCGGAACCAAAACACCACAAACCACCAUCUUGACGGAGAAUAAAUGCCUUGGCGCUGCCUCCAAGCCGACAGCCGAGUCCCGUCACACGCAUCGCAUCGCAUCGCAUCGCCAAGAAACAGCUGCCAAACAGCUUGGCGGCCGGCAGUCCAGCAGAAAGAUGCCACUGGCAGGUCUUGGCCUACAUAACAGAGCAGCACUCCAAACAGGCACCGGCUCAGCAAUGACACUCCAGCGUCGCACUCUCUCAGCGUCUGCAGCCAAUCUGCUUCCGUGUUGGCGCCCUCCUCCCCUUACCCUUGUCCCCUGUCCGUGGCUAGGAAUCGACGCCACUCGGAGACCAUGA